AUUUGCAUCACGUCGCAGUCCAAAAUUUUUUGGAGGAGAUGUUCUCAUACCUACGCAUUUCUGUACAACUACUGCCUGUGCCAUCCUCGUCUUCGGAUCCUUACAACAACACGUAUCGGUAUCAUCGAGAUCAACCUCCAGCGCCACCGCCAGCAGGCACUUCUAUGGGCUCUAUAGCGGGUUUACUAGGAACUCCAUAUCCCUAUGGAGGAAUGGGCCUUUUCUCCUACCUGGGGCAGUCGUCGAGCAGCAGUAGUGCGUCCUUUGCUGGAGGGCGGGGCAUGCGCAACUAUAGUUAUAGUUUCGGCUUCGGGGGACCACCUGUAACUGUG